CGGCGAAGUAGCAUGGGCUUCAGACAAGAACGUGGCUUUGGCAACUUGUAUAUCGUUGUCGUCGAAGCCAUCUUCCAUAUCUAAGGCUUCGUCCCAACCUACGGCCAACUCGCUCGGAAUUUGUCGGCCGAUUCUCUCCUCGCGUCGCUCCUUCUUCCUACGUUGGCCGCGGUCUGAAACGGAAACAAGUGCCUUGUCUUGAUGGCAGACCAUUGUAUUACUAGCCUGCCUUUCCGCUCAAAUGCUUUGCGUCUGUACGGAAAUAUGCUGACAUUUUAGUUGCUGCAACCCACGUUUACAUGAAUAUGACCGUGAGAUGAAGACAAAGAAGAAGGAGGGAACGAAGAGAAGUACAUGCGAUACAUGUCGCUUGGAGAGUAAGGGUGUGAUAUCAAUGGAAGCAUAUGAACAAAGCGCAGCCCCUGCAACAGUCCAUCUGACAACACUCGUUUUUGUUCAUUCCGCCCUAUCGUCAUUUACUAAACGUGAAAGGUGUUUUUCUUCGUUCAGUCAUCCCAAUUCCCAUUCACUCCCCUUCAAGUCAUCCCAACCCCAAUUAACGUCUUAUCUUCAUAACAAUACCCUCCCAUACCCCUCACCGCCACCAUCAGCUCUACUCCUACUACCACUGCCUUCGCCACCAUCCCCUUCUCUUGCUAGUCCCUUUUUCCUGUCGACUCUAAUAAUAUGUGGUGUGGGGGGAAAGAACGCACCGACGGAUAGGGUCACGUCUGCUACCAUUUGUCAAUUGCCACAAUCCUCACUUUAUAUCGCUUGUGUUUCUCUUUCCCUCCCGCCUCGGCAUCCUUUUUUUUUCCUUCUUAGCUAAAUCUGCUUUUAAUAUAACUAACCCAAGCCCAAGUCGUCGCUCUCCCCUCCUCCACAUCUGCCAAGACAUACACCCCUUC